ACAGGUAGAUGACCUGAAGGAUAUCGGGGCGCUUGAGGAGUACAUCCAACGCUCGCAAGCCAUCCUCUUCUUCCUCUCGCAGGGCUACUUCCGCUCCAAGAACUGCCUUCGAGAGAUUCGCUCGUCGCUCGAGAAGGACAAGCCGCUCGUCCUCGUCCAAGAAGCGGACCCUGCAAAGGGCGGCGGGACGCUGCAGGCGCUGCGCGACGAGUGCCCGGAUGAACUGCAGCCGGCCAUCUUUGACGAGGACUGGCCGCUCACGAUCUGGUAUCGCAUCGAGGAGUUUCAGCUCGUCUCCCUCAAGAUCAUCGCCGAGGCGGUGCUCCUCUGUUCGCCCAACUUUCUGGACAAGACCUCCCUCCCGCUCUGCGUGUCGGGCGAGCUCGAGAGCGAGUCGCUCGCCUUUUCCAAACCGUGCACGCUCUGGGCCUCGCCUGCCAACGCGGGCGCUCUGAAGCUGGCCACCGAGAUCGCCACCGCCGUUGCCGGUCUCACGAUCUCCACCACUGAUGAUCGACCGGCCAGCGCGACGCACAUGCUGCUCUACCUCAACGAGGAGAGCUUCGUCAGCGACGAGCGGCUGGCCGAGCAGGUCAAGCAGGCGCGCCAGGACAGGCUGAAGAUCGUCAUGGCGCACGAGAACGACCCCGCGCUCGGCGGCUGCCAGUUCUCGAGGUUUUUCGAAACCACGCCGCAGGAGCUCAUCGCUGGCGGACUCUACACGGACCUGGCAAAAUCGUGCUUCCCCGGCCGCCACCGCAAGGUGUCGCUCGUCCUUCUGGCAAAGAGCCUAGGGGCUACCCCCGCUCGCGCGGACGCGGGGGACCUCAUUUCCGGUGGCAUUGGCGAGGGCAGGACCAGCCUCGCGAAGCGCAGCCUUGGCGGCCUCAGCCGGGUGUUCGCCAAGAUGAGCAGCCGCAGCUCUGCGGAGGCGCGCGAGGUCUCUGAAGGCGAGGUGUCGUCGGUGCAGUACCAGAUCUGAUCGUAGCCAGUGGGAGAAGGGGGGGGGGGGG